AUGGCAGAGGCAGCCGAAGAGCACGCAACAGCCGGCGCACGUCAAGUCGACGACGUGCCCAGCAUAGACAAUCUACCUACCAAUGGCGAUGCUCAAGCAGACGGCACGGCGGAAGCAGGCAACAAGUUCCAACAAGCCAUCGCCGCAUGGCGCACCCUCGACCUCACCUCCCUCGUCUCCACCCUCGACACCGCCGCCUCCGAGCUCGUCACGCAGCAGCAAGACUCCAUGGUGCAGCGGAAGGAUCUCGCACAAAAGACAAAAGACUUCCGCAAACUUGACGAUGCGUCGAAACUCACGCAGAUCAAGGACCUCCUGAAGGCGUACCAAGGUUACAUUGAUGUGCUCACCAACCACAACAAGACCAUCAACUCUGCUUUCAUGCACGCCUAUUCCCCUCUCUCCGAAGCCCCCGAUCCAUAUCCGCUGCUUGAAGCAUCCAUCGAUUCGCUUGUGACCGCCGAGGAGAUUGUGCCAAAGUUGGAGACGGAGAAUGAUGGGUUGCAGAAGCAAGUAUCGAAGCUGAGCGAGCAGCUGGAAGACACGGAGCGACAGUUGGAGGAGGAGAGGACAAAGCGGCAAUCGUUCGAGGGCUCGCAGGAUAGUAAGCUGAAGGAGGUGGAGGAGUCGUGGUCGGCAGUGGUGAAGGAGAAGGAGGAGAAUUGGGCUGCAAAGGAAAUGAGUCUGGAGGAGAAGGUGGAGAACCAAGACCGAUUGUUGAAGGAGCUGAAAGCGAGCUACGAGGUAUCUCAGCGGUUGGAUAAGUCGGGCGAGGACGCUCACGAAGCGGCGAGGAGUAGCGCAACUGCGGCGGAGCUGGAGCUGGUCAGUUCGGAGCUGGAAAAGUCCAACACCCGCCUUGCGGACCUCGAAGCACGCAACGAACAACUUCGUGUGGAAUUGGCGCAGACUGCUGGUCAAGCACACAGCUCUGGACGAAGCACGAACGUUGAAGACGAUCCGGCAUACCUUCGUCUGCGGUCGGAGAAUUCGUCUCUGCUGCGACGCCUGGAGUCCGCGCGGCACGAGAAGGACAGCGAAAAGUCUGGCUUCCAGUCAAGCUUGAGAAGGGUGGAACGUGAGGUGGAAGCCUUGACGACCGAUAGAGACGCGUUGCAAAGCAAAGUAAGGAAAUGGAGCGACUAUGAAGAGGUCAAGCGUGAGCUGGACAUGCUACGAGCCAUUGAGUUUGCAAGCGUUACCGACGCCGACAUGGACGCCAACGAUGAUGAUUACGCCCACACUAAUGGGUCGCUCGACAAAGCAAAAGGAGAAAGUCUCGAACGGCUGCUGCUGGCACGAAACAAGAAACUCACCAGCGAGCUGACCGAGCUCCGCGUAUCCCAUCAGGAAAUGCAGCAGCGACUGGAUCAGCUGCAAGAAGACCUCUCUACAACCAACAUGGACCUCGAGAAGACUCGCAAUCUGAACGCCACGCUGGAGAAUGACCUCCUCAAGACUCAGCAAGAAGCGUCGAAUGCCUUUGAGACCAUGUCCGUCGCGGGCACAUAUACAUCCCGCUACCCUAAAUCGACCUUCGGAAGUCGCAGAGGAGGCGGCGGCACCUCACCCACCUCGUCCAUCAUAGGAGGUUUCGACCCACAAGGAUCACCGCGCACCCUAGAAUCGCUUCGUGCCAGUGAAGCACCCGGCAGUGGCGGUGGCUCCGGCAUCCUACCCAUGGUGACAGCCCAACGCGACCGCUUCAAAAAGAAAAUCGGCGAGCUAGAACACGAGCUUCAAAAGCAGUACUCCAGCAUCACCGCGCUGCGCUCCGAAGUCUCCUCCCUGCAAAAAGACAACCUCACCCUCUACGAAAAAACGCGCUACGUCUCCUCCUACAGCCGCACCGCUGCCUCAGGCGCAAGCUACGCAGGUAAGCCCAACCCCUCCACCAUCUCCGUCGGAGCCGGCGACACAACCCCCACAGACCGUUAUCGCACCGCGUACGAAUCCCACUUGUCGCCGUUCGCCGCCUUCCGGGGCCGGGAAAGUGCCCGCGCCUUCAAACGCAUGAGUCUCCCCGAACGCGCCAUUUUCCAAAUCACGCGCAUGGUGCUCGCUACUCGCGCCAGUCGGAAUCUCUUCGCGAUUUACUGCUUAGCGCUGCAUUUGCUUAUUUUGGGCAUGUUGUGGUCGUGGGCUGGCGGGGACUUGAGUGCGAGGACGGCGAGCGGGGUGGGCGACGUGGUUGUUGGGAGUGGUGUUGCGGGUUUGGGCGAGGAGGGCGGGGAGUGGAGGCAGGAGGGCUUUGAUGCGAAUACUUGA